AGUAGAAUCUGGCAGAGUCGAGUCGAGUCGAGUCGCUCCGGUCGUGGUUCGUGUCCUGGCGGGAGGUGCAGAGGGAAGGAAGGAGCCCGGGUGGAGCUUUGCAAAAUAAGGUGUAGUAGCUAUGAACUGGGCUCAGCUGCUGUUACUUUGCAAAUUAUGGCUAACUGCUGAUGCCAUUGUCAGAAUUCCGCUGACGAAAUUCCAAUCCAUGCGUCACUCACUGACGGAUGUUGCAGUCUCUGUUGAGAAUCUUGUUGCUGCCGGAAAGCUUGGGAAUGGGAAGUACACUGAAUCCUCGGGAGAUACUCCGGAAAUCCUCACAAACUACCUGGAUGCCCAGUACUACGGCCAGAUUGGCAUUGGCACUCCACCACAGCUCUUCACCGUGGUCUUUGACACUGGAUCGUCCAACCUGUGGGUGCCUUCAUCCCACUGCUCCUUCUGGGACAUUGCAUGUUGGGUUCACCACAAGUAUAAAUCAGAUGCGUCCAGCACCUACGUGAAGAAUGGAACAGCAUUUGCUAUUCGCUAUGGAACUGGGAGCCUCAGUGGAUUCCUCAGCCAGGACACUGUAACUAUUGGUGACUUGAAAAUUCCGACGCAGAUCUUUGCUGAGGCAGUUAAGCAGCCAGGAUUGAUGUUCAUCGCUGCAAAGUUCGAUGGGAUCCUUGGCAUGGCCUACCCAAAAAUUUCUGUUGAUGGUGUCCUGCCUGUCUUUGAUAACAUGAUAAAACAAAAGCUGUUGGAAAAAGAUGUCUUCUCCUUUUACCUGAACAGGAACACAACUACUCAGCCUGGAGGUGAAUUGUUGCUGGGAGGGACUGACCCCAAGUACUAUACUGGAAGCUUCCACUAUUUGAAUAUCACACGCCAGGCCUACUGGCAGAUAAAGGCUGACAAGGUAUCCGUAGGCAGCCAGCUGACCCUGUGCAAGGGAGGCUGCCAGGCGAUAGUGGACACAGGAACAUCGCUCAUUGUUGGGCCUGUGCAAGAGAUCGAAGCCCUUCAGAAGGCCAUUGGUGCACUGCCCAUCUUUGGGGGAGAGUACAUGAUCGACUGUGCCAAGAUUCCGACUCUCCCCGCUAUCACCUUCACGCUGGGAGGCAAGGAUUUCUUGCUGACUGGGGAGGAUUACGUGAUGAAGAUCACCAAGUUUGGAAGGACUAUGUGCCUCAGUGGAUUCAUGGCCAUAGACAUCCCACCGCCCGCUGGACCACUCUGGAUCUUGGGCGACGUUUUCAUUGGCCGCUAUUACAGCGUCUUUGACCGCGCCAACAACCGCGUGGGUUUCGCUACAGCAGUGUAAAGCGUUCUCCAGAAUCUGAGACUAUUUGCUGUUUUCCGUGCGUGUCCCUGAUUAUCAGGCUGUCUGUAGCUCAACCCUAACCCCGCACCUCCGUGAGCCCUAUCGCCCUGGUUAGAACCCCUACCUAAACCCAGUGUCAGAGAGCUGAUUCCAGGCGGCCAUGUUAUUCUUGGGUUUGAUGUUGAAGGCACUUCUGGAUAGAUUGCCUGCUCUUGUAUGAAACACCCCCUGCUCCCUCCUAACCUCCUGUUCCCGCUUUAUUAGAAGUGAGAGGCUUUCUCCUUGAAGCAUGGUGAACUUGAUUAAGUUGGAGUUGAUGAAUUUGACACCUCUACCUUCCUCAUUCUGCCCAAGUCCUCAUGAAGCAAGGUGGUAAUCUCACCCACCCACUUGCCCUGGCUAGCUCAGACAUUUGAAUCCCUGGAACAUAUUAGGCUGUUGAGCUCUUGUGUGUACCUCUCCUUCAGUAUCAAGCUAUGCCCACUUUAUCCUUCCUUAGGUGCAAUGGAUUUUUGGGGUGAGGCACCAUAAUGGUAAGAUCAAGAUGGACAUAGCAGUUUGGUCUCGUAGAGUAACACUUUCUGAAGUUUACUGCAGACUGCUCAAUGUGGCUUCCAAAACAAAGGUUGAAGUGAUGUACACUGUGCAUGGUUUGGGAAUGAUUAAAAUUCCUCCCGAGGAUGAGGGAAAAAUUCAUUUUUCAAAAGUCAAAGAUUCAAAACACAUUUAUUGUCAAAGAAUGUAUAAAUUAUACCUCAAUUUGUGGCUGCCUGUAAGCAGACGAAGCUUUCUCAGUAAGUUCCCUUUUUGUAUCUGAAAUUAUCCAGGACUUGCAAUAAUCUGCGCUGUCCUCUGUCCCUGGGUCAAUGGACCAUUUCUGUGUCUGCCUUUUUUCCUGUCAUUGACCCCCUGUUUGGGUUUGGAGGGAAGUUUUCAAGGGCUCUCAUCCAAUUUAAGUACCUUGUUUGUUUUGGACGAGCACUAAUUUAAGUACCUUGUUUGUUUUGGACGAGCACUAAUUUAAGUACCUUGUUUGUUUUGGACGAGCACUAAUAACAUUUCACUUGUGGAAUAGAUAAUCGUAGUACCAGUUGAAGCUGGUUGAAGAAAAAAGCUGGAAGUCUUCAACAUGGGCAGCCCAAGUCAUUAAGUCAUUGCUGGUGUUUUAAACUUUGCCUUCCACCCCUCUGUAUACUCACUGUCUCAUCCUCGCAUCCUUAUCCAGCUUUCGAAAUCUACUUUUGCCCCAUUCCCCUCCAGUGACCCUCGGACACGAGCAGAAUUUGUCCAUUCAGCCUAUCGGUUUGCUCCACCAUUUCAUCACAGCUGACCUGUUAUCCCCGUCAACCCCAUUUUCCUGCCUUCUCCCUGUAAUCUUUGCCCUUGCUCAUCAAGAACCUAACGACCUCUGCUUUAAAUUUAUGGACUACCACACAAGACUGCAGGUUUUGGAAUCUAGAGCAGUGGGUGAGUUCGACAAUUUUGCCACUCAAUGGGAAUUCAGAGUGAUUUUUUUUUAAUAUAAUUAGUUCCUAGAUCUGCCAUCUAUCACUCCUCCACCAUGUAAUAUCUUUGCCUGUAAUCGUUUUAACCCUCUGAUUUGAUUGUAACAUCCACAGAGAAAGAGCUUGUGAUAUAAUAUUCUCACUUAAUCAAAAGACUACUUACUUCUCAUGUUACGCUGCUGGUGUUUAGGGCAGCAGUGAAGGUCCUCCUUCUCUGGCGGUGUCCACGGCUUCCUUCAUUGGGCCAGUGGCUUCCUCUCAGUUUUCACUCUGGCCUUGCGUGGCUGAGAGUGGAGACUCAGGAAUACUGUUGUAUUCAGAUGUAUAAGAAUUCUUCAUUGCUGCUUCCAUAACAAUUGUUUGACCAGUCAGGGUUGUUAGCCCUGAGCUGAACCCCCGAACCCGCAGGACCGGUGGGUCGCUCUUAGUCUGGCCUCUGCCCUUUGACCUGUUUGGCAUGGGUGACCCGACCAAGAGCCGAAGCAUGAAGUCCUGACUAGUUCUCCGGGUCAUUGAGGUACACAUUCCCAAACCAUGGCAAGGUUGUGGUCCUCCUGAAGGUAAUAACAAUAAAAAGAACCUUUGUAUUUAAACUAAGAAUAAAAUGAGGUUUGUGUUCA